UAAUACUUUUUUUGUGGAGUCACACUGAUUUUUUGUCUAUCAUUAUCGUUUACUUGGAUUUUAAUUUAUUUUGUUUUCGCACAGAAAUAUACAUAGAAAAUCGUAAGAAUGGCCGCUCGCGGCGAUCUAAUUGCACAAUUCAUUGAAAUAACUGGCACCGAUGAAAAUACAGCCAAAUUCUACUUAACCAGUUGCGACUGGGAUAUUGAGCAAGCACUUGGCAACUACUGGAGUACACAGUCCGACAUGCCUGCCGCUCCAACUGUCGCUGCGUCAUCAGAGAAUCCGACGCCGACACCGGCAACAACUUCGAGCACGGCAAAGGCUACGGCUACGGCCACAAAAGCUGCUACGGCGGCAAGUGCUGCUCCACCCAAGGGCACUGCUGCUAAACCAAAGUUUGCCACGCUUAGUGACAUGUCCAAGCAGCCGAAUAAUGAUGAAGAUCAUCAGGCCUUUUAUGCUGGCGGCUCGGAUCGCUCGGGACAACAAGUGUUGGGACCCGCUAAGCGUAAGAAUUUCCGUGAACAACUCACCGACAUGAUGCGUUCGGCUCAGGAGCAGAACAUAGCUGAAGUUGGAGUGGGUCCAUCGACGAGCGGAACAGCAAACGCCAGUGGCAGUGUCUGGGGACAAGGCAUGCGUCUGGGCAUGACGGACACCGACCACACCGCAGUGGGUGUCAAUCGCGGUGCACAGCCGGCGGAAAACAAACCCGUAGUGGUACUUAAGCUAUGGAGCCAAGGAUUCUCAAUUGAUGGCGGUGAGCUGCGUCUCUAUGAUGAUCCACAAAACAAGGAAUUUCUGGAGACAGUUAUGCGAGGGGAAAUACCUCAAGAAUUGUUGGAAAUGGGACGCAUGGUAAAUGUUGAUGUUGAGGAUCAUAGACAUGAGGAUUUCAAGCGUCAGGCAGCGCCACAAACCUUCAAGGGCUCAGGACAGAAGCUUGGCAGUCCCGUGGGCAAUAUUGUCAUGAAUAAAGAUCCCGUCGCUGCGUCUGCCGUCGCUCCCGGAGAUGUGGCCAAUCAGGAGGCUAGUGCGCGUGAUGAACUCAAUUUAAAUGCUGAGGCUCCUUUGACUACACUGCAAAUUCGUCUAGCAGAUGGUUCCCGUUUGGCGGCUCAAUUCAAUUUGACACACACCGUCUCGGACAUACGUCGUUUUAUACAAACCGCACGUCCGCAAUAUUCGAAUAGCAACUUUGUGUUGGUUUCCUCGUUUCCAACACGCGAGCUAAGCGAUGAUGAUUCCACAAUUGAGAAGGCUGGCCUCAAGAAUGCUGCAUUGAUGCAGCGCCUUAAAUAAGUUAGCAAUGCCUCACCAGGAUAAGAGUGAAUAGUUCCGAAUUAAUAUGGAGAAGGAAGGGCAUUGAAACUACAUACAAAUAAUACUAAUAAUAACAAUGGAUAUGGUGCAUUCAAUGGGCGAUACAUGAAUACAACUACAACAUUCGAAAAACACAUUGUAUUGCCUAUUUGAUGUUUUAUAAUUGUCUAUUUAUUAUUGUAAAAUAUAUAAUUCAAUCGUA